ACGCAUACUAGCUAGUGUGGUUGGUGGGUCACAGUGACGAUGAGCUUCGUAUGCGAGGAGUGCUUGGAGCCAUUUUUUGAACACCGCUCGCCGAGUAAACGCUGUACCAGCCCAAGGAGUGGCUGUGGUCCAAUUCUUUUUCUCUCUCAGCAAACCCUGAGCCUUUUUUCUCUCUCUCUGGCCAAUUACCAGAUCUUUACUGUUGUUGUUUCAUCUGUAAAGGUUAUUGUCCACAUUCCCUACAUAGACUCCAAUAUAUGUCAGCGACAAGUCCAAAGCCUUUCAAUCUCAAAGACUAUCCCGUUGUCAUUGGUAUCGAUUUCGGUACCACAUACUCCGGCUGUUCCUAUGCCUUUGUACAGAAUGACGAAGUUAUUGAUAUUGUUCGAUGGCCCAAGCAGCACUCAAACGUUUACCCCAAGACCCCUACAUUGAACUUUUACCAAGGCAAUUCCAAGCAAAUGACACAGUGGGGAAAUGCAGCAAGGCUAGAGAUGCAACGCCCAAUCGCGCGGAACUCUGUGCUACUAAAGCAAUACAAGCUUUACUUGGAUGAAAAUAUUGCCAAGGACUUACCUCCUUUGCCCAACGGUUUGACUAUCGUCGAUGCUAUUGCCGAUUACCUCAACGCUUUUCAUGGGCAUGUUGUCUCGGAACUGAAGAAGGGUUUUGCCAAGAACUAUGGCCAGCAUCAGUUCAGAUACUGCCUGACGGUACCAGCCAUGUGGAGCGAUCGUGCGAAAGCCGCUAUGCGUGAAGCUGCUAUCAAAGCUGGUCUUAUUGAUGCCAGCGAUCACCGUGAUCGCCUUAUGCUCAUUUCCGAACCAGAAGCUGCUGCCUUGUACUGUGAAAAGAAAUGUGAGCAGUUCAACUUGAGACAUGGAGAUCGUUUCAUGAUUUGCGAUGCUGGAGGUGGUACUGUCGAUUUAAUCGUUUUUGAGAUCGAAGAAGGCCGCUUUGGUCGUAAACUCAAGGAAUGCACAAAAGGUCAUGGUCAAUCUUGUGGAUCAGUAUUUUUGGAUCGCCGUAUGCGCAAACUCUUGAAGAAGAAGUUCAAGGAAUACCUUUCCACCAUUCCUGCUAGUGCCUUCGAAACUAUGAUGGAUACCUUUGUAGACCUUAUCAAACCACAAUUUGAUGGAGUAGACGACCAAUUUAUACAACUUCCAGCUGCCAUGAACCUAGAUUCCCUCAAUAAUCCCGCCAUUGGUUUGGAAGAUGGUACCCUUGUUGUGUCUGCUCAAGAAUUGAAAACAGAAGUUUUCGAACCAGUCAUCCGCGAUGUGUUGGCUUUAAUUGAAGAACAAUUGGUCAAGGCUCAGACGAUGCAGGCCAUCUUUUUGGUUGGUGGGUUUGGCUCUUCAAACUAUCUAUUCGAACGCGUUCAGCAAGAAUUUGGUGCUCGUGUUGGUCUGGUGGCUGUUCCACCUAGAGGAGAGCUUGCUGUUGUACGUGGUGCUGUUUACUUUGGCCUCAACCCCAGAAUUGUUACCACCCGUAUUCCAAGAUACUGGUAUGGUAUCGACACCACCACUACUUUUGAAGAAGGUGUUGACCCGCCAAGCUACAGAAUUGUACGCGCUGAUGGCAGUGUUCGAUGUGAUAACCGGUUUUCCGUUUAUGUAAAACGUGGUGUUCCACUCGACAUCGACAACUGCGUAUCAAAGGAUUUCUUUGCUUAUUAUCCGCAUCACACAACUUGCACUCUAUAUGCAGCUGAUACUGAAGAUCAGCCUCGCUAUACCCUUAGCCCUGGUGUUCGCAAGGUCGCAAAUUUCACCAUUCCCAUGCCAGCUUUGACGGGAGUCCGCGAAGGCGAGAAGGUCGAUUUAUCUAUCAAAAUGUACUUUGGAGAAGUUGAGUUGCGCGUGGAAGCUGUGAUCAAGGGCAAAACAUAUGGCACCACUUGCACAUUCGAUGCCGCCGAUUCAUAGAAACAUUAUAUAUUUUUUUCUCACUUACAGUAUCGACAGGAGCGUUGUUCUGGAUUAUCUUGUUAUGUGUACCAUCCCAAGA